AUGGCGGGGAUCCACGUUCGCUACCGCACCUACGCGCUUCUGUCGCUCCUCAGCGUCUUCGCGCUCGUGCUACGCACGUGGUACGUCCACGAGGAGUUGUACACAGUCGUCGCCGUGCUGAGCACUGGCAAAAUUGCCCUCGCACUCUUGUACAACUUCGCCUUCAUGCUGUUUCUGGGCGUCGGCAAGCUUGCGAUGCGGCUGAUGAUCGGAAGUCUACGGGACCUCGAGAUGGAGCAAGUCCUCGACAGCGGCAGAGGCUUUCUCCUUGACACAGUUCUCUUCCUCGUUCUCUCUUCGCCCACACUCGACGGCGUCGAAGUCUCCACCUACGCCCUUGCGAAAUUCCUUCUCAUCGUUGUCUCCCUCAAGACUGCCCACCUCGUUGUACAGAUUCGCGGUGGCACGCUGUUCGAGAUCGGCAAUCCGCGAACGAGCGUGCUGCUCCGGAUAUGCAUCGUUCUCUUUUGUCUCCUCUUGCUCGACAUUUGCGCCGUCCACUUCUUCUUCGUCAAUUCAAGCAAGGCAUCGACUUUCUACCUCUGGCUCCUCUUCGAGUGCCUUGGAAUGCUCGUCUCCUGCGCGAUCAGCACUCUCAAGGUCGGCGUGCACGUCAUCGACGUCCGCCUCGACAACGGGUGGGCAGCAAAGUCAGCUGUUAUUUUCUACCUCGAGCUUAUCCACGAUGUCACAAGUCUCGUUAUCUUCCUGCUCUUCAUGUCUGUGUUCUUCAUCACACAACCCAGUCGACUACCGCUGUACAUGACUGCGGACAUCAUCCACGUCGUCAAGGCCCUCUACAAGCGCAUCUUGUCUUUCAAGAAGUAUCGCACACUGACGAAGAAUCUGGAAACCAGGUUCCCAGAUGCGACAGCUGAAGAGUUAGAAGAGGCAGACACCUGCAUCAUCUGCAGAGAUCUACUCUUUGAAGGGUCAAAAAAACUCCCUUGCAGCCAUAUCUUCCACAUCGACUGUCUCCGCUCAUGGCUGGUGCAGCAGCAGUCUUGUCCAACUUGUCGCGCGGACAUACCCACCGACGAUUCCUCUUCAUCUACGGCUCCUGCCGCUGCUACUGAGGCCCCGACGCAGCAGCCACGCAGUAGCGCUCCCGACCAGCAUGCGGAGACGGAAAGGGGAGACAGCCGUGCGGUUCCAGCCGCCUCUAGUGGGCCCUAUGAUCGGCUGACUUCGACAGAUCCCUUACCUCAGGGCGACACAGAGGCGAACGAUAAGUCCGAUCGGUCAGUCGGCUCCCCAGAAAUGUCCGACGGGCAUCAUGAGAGGAACGCAGGCAGAUUACUCACCGAUGCGAGGAUGCGUGGUAUUGAUACUCAGUGGACCAACGUCUCUGCGAACAAUUUGGCGACGCAGACACUGCUACAGUCGCUACAGCUCGCUUGUCAGACUUGUGAUUUCUAUCGUCUACACGCGUCGUUGUGGACGAUCGAGGCUCAGCGGGCGCAGCUGGCAGCGUCUCGUUUGCAAGCAGUACGUUCUUGCCAGGCUCCUCAACGGAGAGGGAACGUAGACGCAAACACCCAGACAGUAUCUGGGCAGCAGGUGCCUACGGUCGACAGUUCGUCGGCAUCUGCACCAUCAGCAGAGGACGAAGCGGGAACCGCGCGACCACCUGUAUCACAGGGUAAACCGUUCAACAGCGGUAGAGAUUUCAUAGUUGUCUGCCCCAGCCACCUGUUUCAUCACCAAGGAAGCGGAAUGUUGCCGCAAGCCGUGUACUUUUCUUCGCUUAUGCCACCAUUCGACGCAACACAGAUGCCUUUAGGAUCUGCCGGAAUGCCAUCAUCGUCUUCGCAUGUCACCCCUAAGGCGGGUCCUACCGAUGGUAUGAACGGCGAAUGGUGUGGGCAGGUUACUGGAGGCGCAGCACUCGGCACCGCUUAUGAAAGAGAGUGUUUUUAUCCCCAUAGUGUUCCGCGGUUGCAGCCGUCGCCUCUCCAGGCACGACUUUACUCAAGCGAUUACGUCGGUAAUUCGUACGUACCAGAUUCGGCAACGGUGGGGCCUGCGAAUAUUCCGCUCCCGUCACAGGAGAUAACUGCUUCACGCAUAGGCGAAAAUCGAGUUCCAGAUGGUGGCCAGGGAAAUGGAGAAGAGGCGGGGGGCAAUAUAAGGGCGUCAUGA